AUGAAUGAUAAUAACUUAAACAACCUUAUACAAAAAAUAGGUCAUCACAUAGAUGAUAUAAGAGAUAGAUCAAUAAUCAUGUUAAUACAAAAAUAUGAAAAAAAUUUAAUAGAUGAAACAGAUAUUAAAAAAAGGGAUUACUUUUUUUAUAUAAUACUUCAUUAUAUUAAUGAUAGAAAUUCAUAUAUUUCUCUAAAAAGCUUAAUGAAUAUUUUUUCAUUUAUCCAUUCUAUUAUAAAAAAAGAUGAAGAAAUAAAAAAAAAAUUUGAAGAAAUAGAUAUAAUCAAAUAUAUGAACGAAUUUUUAACCCAUUUUAAAAAUAAUGAAGAAAAAUACAAAUCAAAUAAUCAUAAUAUAAAUCCAGAUGUAAAAAAUGAUUUUCAGAAUGAUAAUAUAUAUAUAAAAAAUUAUGAAAAAUCUUUAAUAGAAGAUAGUGAUAAAGAAUACAACAAAAUAAUUACAAUUCUUUAUGAAUUAAUUAAUCUAUAUUAUGGGAAAAAGGAAGAAUUUUUAAAAUCUAAUUCUAAUAAAAAUUCACCCAUUCAAAAAGAAAAAUUUUGUUACGAAAAAAAUAAAGAUAGUAAUGAAGAUUUAAAUAAUAAUACGAAUCAUUUAAAUGAAAAUUAUUCAAUUAAACAUGAUGGAACUAACGUAAAAAAAAAGGAAUAUUUUAAAGAGAGUAAUUUUACUAAUAUUAGUGACCAAUUAUGUGAAAAUGAUUUAAAUAGUGAACAUAUUGAAACAAGAAACACCAAUAAUAUAAAACAAAGCAUUUUAAACAUUUGUAAAAGUGAUCUUAAUUUAAAAAAUAAAGAAUAUAUGAAAAAUGAAAACCCAGAAUAUUUAGAAAAGAAAAAAAAAACAUUAAAUAGUGAUAAUAACUCUCUUUGUAAGAAUGAAAAUAGUUUGUGUAAUAAAACAGCUUUAUCUAAUAAUAGUGAUCAUAUUAUUUUAGAAAAAGAUCGAAUAAAUUUAAAUCAGAUAAUUAAAAAAAAUAAUUGUAUAAAUAUUUUUACAAAAAAUAAUUGUGUAAAAAGUAGUGAAUUUGAAUAUUACAACACCUUGUAUUGUAUUAAAAGUAAAAUAAACGAAAAAUCUAAAUAUUUAUUAUUAAAAUAUAAGAAAAAUAAAGUUAAUAAAAAAAAAGAAUAUAAUGCAUAUAACAAUUAUGUAACACCUAUAUCUGCCUGUAACGAUAAUAACAACAUUAACUAUAAAUGUAUUUUAAAUAACUAUACUUUUUUUUAUUUAUUUAACUUUUUUGAUUGUUUUGAUAUAUUUAAAAAAAAUUUUUUAAGUAUAAAUGAUAUAAAAAGCAAAGAAGAGUUAUUUGAAAAAAAAACCAUCAAAGAGAAGGAUAAUCAAAAUAUAAAAAAUGAUACCCAAAAUCAGGAAGACAAAAAAAAAAAAAAUAUCAAAGAUAAAAAAAAAAAUUAUAUGGAUUAUUAUUCAAUAUAUUUAAAAAAUAAUUAUUUAUUUAAUCAAAAUUUUGCCUAUAAAAUAAUAAAUUAUAUUAAUAAAAUGAAAAUUUUAAUCUUCAGUAUAAAAAUGAAAUUCAAUUAUUUUGAAAUAUUAGGAAUUAACAUAAUAAAAAAAAAAAUAAGUGUAGAUGAUUUGAUAUACAUGAAUAAAGAAAUAAAUAAAAUAUUAAACGAAUAUAUAUAUAUUUUUAAUAAAGACAUAUUAUUAUUUAAUUAUAAAUUUUUAUAUACAUUAAGUUACAAUAUUCAUUAUAUUUAUAAAAGUUAUGUUGAAAAUAACCAAUUAACAAAUGAUUUUAAUCAUGUAAAUAAUAUUGUAAAUAAUUUAUCAUAUAUAAUAUAUAUAGUAGUAUAUAGUUUAUAUAUAAAUCUAGAUAAAGAAUGUUUGUGUAAUCACAUAUGUAAUAUUUAUAUAAAUAAUUUUUUUUUUUUAAUUAGUCAAAAUCUUUUUUAUUUACUUCUAAUUUGCGUAAAUAAAGAAAAUGAUAAUAUCUAUCUAAAUAAUAAUGAAGAAAAAAAAUAUUUUUUAGAUAAUAAUAAUAAAAAAAUAACUCAAUUAAUUAAUAAUAUAAAUUUGUAUUACUAUAAUACUCAUAUGAAAAAAUUGCAAAAUAUAGAAAAUAAGGAAACUUUAGAAAUAAAGGAAAAUGAUAUAUAUCAUUAUUUAUUAAUAACAGAGAAUAAUUGCAUAUAUUUUUUUAAAUUCAUUAUUUUGCAUAUUUUUGAAAUAUUAAAAAAUACUUAUUGUAAAAUUAGUAAAAUAAGCCAGAAUUGUGUAACUUUGAAUUUCCAAUUAGACAACUUUGUAAUUAUAUAUGAUUUUAUAUAUAAUUUGUUAAUUCAUUAUUUUAAUGAAGAGAGUAAACAAAUUAAUGAACAUUUAGAAAUUUUAGUUGAUUUUAUUAAGGUAAGUAAUUUUUAUCAAUGUAAUAAUAAAAAAAAAAAGAAAAUGAAUUCAAGUGCUUCAGAAGAUAUGUUAAUAAAUGAGCUAAAUAAUUUUUCUUCCACAUCAAGUCCUACUGAUGAUUUAACAAAUAACAAACUUGAUAGUAUUGAAAUUUUUUCAAACAAUAUAUAUAAAUACACUUAUAAAUAUACUUUAAAGCAAAUCGAAAUACUAAAAAUUAUAUGUCUAUAUAUUAAUUACACACCUAUAUCUUUUAUUUUAAUGAAAAAGAUAAAAAAAGAUUUAAUUGAUAUUUUUAAAAUGUUCCUAUUUGAUAUUAAUUUAAAUACCCACAACUGCGAAAUUUUACAUUUUUUUGAAGUUUUCUUUUUUUUUUAUGAUUAUGAAAUUUAUAAAGAUUACAAUGAAUUUUUACUCUAUUAUUAUUCAUUCGUAAAUUUAUUUUUCUCUGAUAAUACAAAUCAAUUAGAUAUAUCUACUUUUAUGGGUAUUAAUAAUAAUAUAUUUCAUUUUUUUUUUUUCCUCCCAAUUAAUUAUUACACACUUGAUAAUUUUUUAGACAACUAUUACUACAAAUAUAUAAAAAAAGAUAACACCAAAUAUGAUGAUAUUUUUUUUAAUUCAAAUAAUACCAAUAAUACAAUAUUUGAAACAUUUGAUUCAUUAAGCAAAUCAUUUACAGAAAAUAAUGAAUAUGAUAUUAAAGAUUCUGAAGAAAAUUAUAUAAAAAAUUUAUUUUCUAUUUUAAUAGAAAAAGUGGGAUAUAUUAAUAAAAAUGAGAAUAUUAAUGGAUAUGAGAAACAUAAUAAAAAUGAUAAUUAUGAGAACAAUAACAAUUUUUGCUCAAAAUUUGUCGAAAAUAUAACAAAUAUAUUAAUUGAAAAUAAUUUAAAAAUGAUGUUUAAUAGCUUUAUUUUGCUAUCAUCUGAAUAUAAUAAUGUAUCUAAUUAUGUGAAUACAGAUGAAAAAAGUGUAUCAAUGUAUCAAUAUAUUGUUGAUAAAUUAAAAGAUUACAAUAAAAUUUUUGUAUUAACUUUUGAUAAUCUUCCUGAAAAUAAAAAAAAUACUCAGGAAAGCAUUAAAUUUGUGAAAUUAUUCAAAAAUUUUCUUCUUCUUUUACAUAAUAUCAUUUCAUUAAUAUAUAAUUAUAAUACAACAAUUGUUUUUUUUUUUUUUAACUUUAUCUUUAAUAUUAACCAUGAAAAACCUAAUUUUUUUAAAAAAGACAAAAAAUUAAAUGAUAAUGAUUUAGAUACCUUAAGUGAUUUCAAUACAUAUAAUUAUGAAUUGGAAAAUACUGAAAAAAUAAACCAUAUCAAAUAUAAUGAAUACUUUGAGAAAAACAUUCAUAAAGAUAUUAAUUUAAAUGAAGAUAUCGACGUUAUUAAUUACAAUGAUACUUAUUGUAACAAUAUAUAUAGUGAAAAUAUAAAGGAAAAUGUAAAUAAAAGUAACAAAGAAGAUAAUAAUAAUAACAUUAAUGAAAAUAAUUUUGAUAAUAAUCAAUCUGAAAAUUAUAACACUUAUGAGGAUACUUAUUUUUGUAGCAAAAUGCUUAAUCAAAAGAGUUUUAAAAAAAACGAAGAACAUAAAAUGAAUCAAAAUAUUUUUAAUAACAAAAUAUAUAAAACUGAUUAUUACGAAAGUAUCAAUAAAAAAAAAUUAUUUUUUGAUAAAUAUAAAAAAGAGCAAUGCUUUACCGAAAAUAUUAAUCAAAUUGAAAACAGUUCAAAUUCUGUAUUUAAUAAUAUUAAUAACCAUGAUAACUUAGAAAAACAAAAUUAUUCAACAGACAUUUUUUUAUCUUCUAUCCAAAUAAAUGAAUUUAUAGAUAUAAUAUAUGAAAUAUGCAUAUAUAGCAAAAAAGAAAUAAAAAAUUAUUAUAUUUUUUUUAUAUUGGAAAAUAUUAAAAAUAAUAUAUUACGUUUAUUUGAUACAUUAAAAGGAAAGGAUAUCAAGGAAAAAGGAUUUAUUUUAUCAAAAAUUAAAAUUUAUACAAAAAUUUUGCUUUUAUUAAAUUAUAUUAAAAAAAAAUAUAUCAUAGUAUAUGAGCAAUCUGUAUAUAAUUCUUUUCAUUUCUUAUAUGAAAAUUACUUUUGUGGAUAUUUUAUUUUAAAUAAGAAAAAGAAAUCAAUAGAAGAAAUAGUAAAUGAUAAAAUAUAUUUAUAUCAAAAUGUUUUUUUAAAUAUACAUAACAUAUAUUUUUACAUAUUUCAAAAAAAAAAGAAAAGAAGAAAUUUCUCACUUAAAAUUUUCUGGAAAUGGUAUCAUCAAUUCAAAAUAAUGUUUAGUAAAGUAAAAAUAGAUGAAUCAGAUAAAAAAAAUUUAAAUUCUAAUAAUGAUAUAAAGAUUACUAAUGAUGAGAAUAGAAAUUUUUUAAAAAAUGAGAACCAUUAUAAAAAUAAUUUAUAUGAAGAAUUUUAUAAAAAUGAAAUAAAUAGAAAAGACAGAAAUAAUUUAGACAGUAACUAUCAUAAUAUAUUUAAGUAUACUAACGACUGGAAUACUAAUGUAAAUAUUCUAAAUAUUUAUGUUAGUGAUUUUUUAACUAAACAGUGCAUAAGAGAAGAAACAGUAAUCAUUGAAACAUUGUCUAAUAUUGAUAUUAAUAAAGAAUGCUGUUUAGAAAUUUUUAAUCAUAUAAUAGUAUUUAUAUUAAAAAAAAAUUCCUGUUUUAUCAGUAAAAAUAUGCAAGAAGAACAAAAUAAUGAAGUGUUCCUUUGCAUUUAUGAAAAAGUAUUUAAUCUGUAUUUAAAAUUACUAAAAGAAAUUUUAAUAAAAGAGGAAACAAAAUCAUACAACAUUGAAAUAUUUAUAUAUGUAUUAAAAAUAAUAAUUUUACUUCUAAUCACUAAUUAUAGAAAUAGCAAUAUAUGUAAAAGAAUCUAUAAGGAAAAGUAUUUUUUUUUGUCUCAUUUAUAUUGUUUUUUUUUCAUUAAUAAUGAAGUUAUAAAAGCAUUGUGUAUUAGUUUAAGUUUUUAUUUAAUUUUUGACCAGAAAGUUUUAUUAUUAGAGAAACAUAGAAUAUUUUUAGAACCUUAUCUUAUCUUGGAAAAAAAAAAAGACAAAAAAGAUUUUUAUUCGUCAUUAGAUGAAAAAAAAAAUAAUACAUGGUUUAAUAAUGUAUCAAUCAAUCUGAAAAAUUUUUUAAUUGAUGAAAUAAAAAAAGAACACAUUGAUGAAUAUGUAAAUAAUAAAGAAAGUAUUAAUACUUGUGUUGAUGUUUUAAAAAAUUCAGUUUUACUAAAAAAAUAUAAAAUGAGCUUUUUUAAUUUGAACAGAAAAAAUAAAUAUAUAGAAAAUGAUUUAUGUAAUUUUGAGAAUACAUAUGAAAAUACUUUUAAUAUAGAAAAUAAAAUAGUUUAUUUUAUUCCUUUUUGGCUUUAUAAAAAGUUACAAUCAAAUAAUUUUUUGUUUAUGAUUAAAAAAUUAAAAUCUUUCUUUUUUUUUUCUACAAAAUUUUCAUAUUUACACAUAUUUCAUGAUUCUAAUAUAAAUAGCAAAGAAAAGGAGUUAUGCUUUUAUGGUAAUUAUAAUAAUAAUAAUAUGUUUUUGUCUUUUUUCUUGUUUAUUAAUAAAUAUUAUUAUUUAAUUAAAAAUAUAAAAAAUAUAAAAAAUAUCCAAAUAAAUAAUAAUUACCAUCAAAAUACUAUUCCCAUUUUAAAAAGAAAAAACAUAUUUAAUGAAAACACAGAGAUUCCUAUUUUCAAAAAAAUUACUAAUAUGAAUUCUUUUCUUUUUUUAAAUCUUAAAAUGGAGAAAAUAUAUAUAUCAGAAUAUAAUACUUACAUACGUAAUUUAUUAUCAAAAUUAAAAUUACUACCAAUUCUCAAUGAUGGGAUAGAAGAAGUCAAUUUUAAUUAUUUAUAUGAUUUAAAUAAAUUAUUUUUCAUCUUAUAUAAUUAUUAUAUGGAAUUAUUAUAUGUAGAAAAUAAAUUUGAAAAAAAUAAGGAAAUCCAUUCAAAAAAUUCUGAAGGUAUGGAUAACAAUAUAAAUAAAUUAAUAAAUUUCAAUAAAGAUCAUAUAAAAAAUAUUUAUUAUUUAUUUGAAAAUGAUUGUAAUGAAAUUAUUAAUAUCAUAAAUUUUGUAUAUAAUAACAUAUUUCCUUAUGUAAACAAGUUACUAUUUUUCAUUUAUAACCAUUUAAUACUUAUUAACAAGGAAAACCAUGUAAAUAAAAAUAUUUUUAUACAUAAAUAUAUAUUAUUACUUGAUCAAUUUCUAAAUGUACUAGAUAUAUGUUUAUAUAUUGAUUUAAUAUUUCAGAAAAAAGAUAAGGAAAAAUCAAAAAUUAACAAUUUAAAUAAAGAUAUAGAUUUAUUUAUUUUUAUUUAUAAAUUAUUAUAUAUUUCAGUAGCCACAUCUACAUUAAAAAAUAAAAUUUCUAUUUUUUCUUUGAAUUUGUUGUAUAAUUUCGCAAAAUUAGAAAAUUACAGUCUUAAAAUGAAGUAUAACUGUUAUAAUAGUAAUGAAAAUAUAAAUUCUGAUAUAUGUGAAAAUAAGGAAAAAAAAAAUUCUAUUUUAUUAAAAGAUGAAGAACAUAAAAAUAAAAUAAUUAUUGAAAAGAAUAAGAACUUAUCAAAUUUAGUUAAUUUUUUAUUCUUCAUUAUUUCAAAAUUUACAAAAAAAAUAAUAAAAAAAAGUCAUAAAAAUAGUAAAAGUACCAAUUUUUAUUCUAAUAUAAUAAACAUAUAUGAAAUUGAAAAAAAUUUAGAUGUAGAAAAUGUUAAUUUUCAACAUCAUGAAAAAGAUUAUCUUAAAUUAGAUUUAUUUUUUUUAAAAAACAUUAUGUCUAUGCUGCAUGUAAUUAUGAGAAAGGGAUGCUUUAUUGAUAUUUAUUUAAAAAACGAUGAUUUGCUACAUAUAAAUUUAGAUACACUAAAAAAAUAUGAUUACAAACGUUUCAUUGAUAAAAAAUUAGAAGAUGAACAUACAUAUAAUGUGAAUAAAAAUUUUGAAGAUAAAGUAAUAAUAAGCAACCAUGAACAACUUAAUAAUAGUACUAUGAUUCAAGAAUUAGAAAAUGAUAAGAGUAUUUUAGACGAAAAUAUAAAAGAUUUAAAUAAAUUCAAACAUAUAUUUUUAAAUAGAUAUAUGAAUAUAUUGAUAAAUUUCUGUAACAUUUAUAAUGACAUUGUUAUUGAAUGCUUAUAUAUACAAUUGUUAUUAUUUUUUUUUAAAUACAUACUACAAAUAUUAAAAGCAGAAAUUUCUAAAGAAUAUUUAAAAAAUAACUGUAGUUCAAAACAAAAAAUUUUAGUUUAUUUUUUAAAAUACUAUAAGGCAGAUAAACAUAUAUGCAAAUUUUUAAAAAAAAUAUAUUUAAUUAUUUUAAAAUAUACCAUAUAUAUGCAAAAUAUAAAAUUUGUAAAAGAUAAUUAUGAAUAUCAGAUGAACAGAAAAAAUUGGGAAACUGAAAAAGAGGAUUAUAAAAAUAAAGAAAAAAAAAACGAAAUGAAUAAGUAUAACUAUUUAUUAAAAGAGGAUGAGAUUAAUAAAAAUUAUUGCAAAUUAUUUUAUGAUUACACAGUAGAUAAAUAUAAAAAUUGUGAAGAAAUUACAGAUGAUGAAGAAUAUGAAAAUUCUUAUAAAAAGAAAGACAAUGUGCUAAAUUCAAAUUAUAUAUGUAUGAUGGAUUUUUAUUGUUGUAAUUGCGAAGAGCAAAAAAUUUUGUUUUUAUCAAUUAUAUUUUUUCUAAGUUUUUUUUUAGAUAAAUUCCCUUUUUUUUUUCACCUAGAAAAUAACAGACAUUUAUCUAAAGAAGUUAACUAUGAAAAUAAAAAAAAAGAUAACAUUAUUGUAUUAUGUGAAUAUAUUUUACAUUUUUUAGGUAAAAAAAAUAUAUAUAUUAAUUUUUCUAUUUUAGAAGAAGCAAAAUUAUUUGAAAAAUAUUUUAUAAAAAUAUUUAUAAAGUUACUUUUUUGUGAUGGAAAAGAAACUAUGAAUAAUCUACAAAAAUACGAAAUUUUUUUUUAUAAAAAAAAGUCAGAAACGUAUAUUCAAAACAAUUCAAAAAGUAAAUUAUAUACAAAAGAAGAAAAUGAAAAAAAUAAUGAAAAAAAGAACAGUGAUAAUAGUAGCAGUAUUAAUACUAAAAUAAAGAAAACAGAAAUUGAAGAAAGUGAAGACACAAGUAUAAACAAUAUUAAAUACAACUAUGAUAAUGUAGAUGAUAAAAAAAAUCAUUCAAAAAAAAGAAAUCGUAAUAGUAAUUUUUACUCUAAUUAUACAAUAUUUUUUACUAAGAAUAUGAUGGAUGAAAAUUGCUUUUAUAUAAAUCAUUUCAUUAAUUAUUUUUUGGCAGAAAAAAAAGCAAAAAAUUAUUUAGAUUUUAUUUAUGAUAAAAUUUAUUAUUAUAUAUUAAUUGUAAGUAUGUGUUUUAAGGAUAAAAAUAUUCUAUCUAUACUUCUUUCAAAUAAUGAAUUAUUUUAUGAGGAAUUUAAUGAAAUGAUUCAGGAAUACUUAAAAUUUGUAUUAAAUAAUAAAGAAGAAGUAAAUAAAAAGAAAAAAAAAAAUGAAAUGAUGAUUCAGAAUUUAUUGUAUAUAUUUGUGUCAUAUAUUUAUAUAUAUUUAAAUGAUCUUUAUAAUAUAUUUUUUAAGCAGAUUAAAAAUGUACUAACACUUCCCUCUUUUUUUCAAAACAUAAUAUAUAUAAGUGACACGAAUUUGAAUAUUUUUUAUGAAAAUAAUACCAUAAAAAUGGAAAAUUUAUCAAUUAAUGUUUUUUACGAAAGUCUUAUAAAUAAAAAAAAAAAGGAAUGGAAUAAAAAUUUAGAAAAUUAUACAGAUGAAAAUAUUAAAAAUAUAAUAAUUAAUAAUAUUUUUCGUAAUAAUAAUAUAUAUUUAUUUAUUUUGUACAUAAUAAAUGACAAUAAAUAUAACUUAACAAAAGAAAAAAAAAUAAAUAAUAGUUAUUCUGUUUUCUAUGAUUACGAAGAUGAAGUAAAACUAAAUUUUAAAUUAGAAAAUAUUCAUUUAGAAUUUAGGAAGAAUAAUAAAAUAUUUAUAAAUAAAAUAACUACGAACAUUAUUUUAUUUUUCCUUCUAUUUUUUUAUGAUUAUUACUCUUACAACUAUGAAAUAAAAGAAAAUAUUUUAAUGCAAAUAGCUAGACACAUUGUAGAACAUUUUUCUAGCUUUUUUAAUGUAGGUUUUUUAAAUGUUUAUGAAAAAUACUGUGAAAUUAUAAAAACCAUUAAUUUAAAAAAAAAAAUAAAUAAUAAACCUUUAAAAUAUGGAUUAAAUAAAAACAUAAAAAAUUUUUUAGAGAAAGAUUGUUCUUUAAAACAGACAUUUAUGAAAAAUAAAAAAAAUGAACUAAUUGAAAAAAGCAAAACAAAAAAAAAUAGUUUAGGUCCUAUAAGAAACUUGAAGAACUUACGAACAACUAAUAAUUUAUCAAAGAAAAUGAAUGAAAACACGAAAAAAAGAGAAGAAAUAUUAAAAGAAAAAAAACAUUUGGAGAGAAUUAAUAAUGAAGAAGAAAAUACAAAAAGAGAAGAAAGAAAAAAUUUAGAAUUAAAAAGGGAAGAAGUAAAAGACGAAAUAAAGAAACUAGAAGCAAAAGAACAAAAUAUAAAUGAAAGUAUAAAAAAAGAGGAAUUAAAAAAAUUAAAAACAAAAAGGGAAGAAAUAAUAAAGAAUAUGAAUGAAGAAAAAAAAAAAUAUAAUAUCUUAAAAAAUGAUGUUUUGAAAAAUAAAAAUGAAUUUAAUGAAUCAAAUAAUGAAUAUAGUGAUCUAACAAAAAAUGGCAUAUAUAUAAUAACAACAAUAAAAGAAAGAAUAAAAAGGAAUAAGAAGUUGCUAUCUUUAUAUACAACCAAUUGUUUUAGAAUAAUACAAAUAUAUAAUAAUAUUUCUUCUUUAAUUUUUAAAUAUAAAUAUAUAAUAUAUCUUUUACAAAAAUUUUCACAUUUUACAAAUAAAAAUAUUGUUGAAUGUAUUUACAAUUCAUUUAACUUUUAUUUAAAUAAUCACUUCAAAGCUGAAAUGAAAUAUUUAAAUGAAAAAAAUAUAGUUCAUUUUGAUAAGGAAAUUGGAUACUUUUCAUAUAUUUAUAUAAAUUAUUUUUUUAACUUUUUAUGUUGUUUUAUAAUAUAUGACAUUUCAGCUUUAUAUAAAUUUUGUUGUAAUACUUUCAAAUGCAUAGAAAUAAUUAAUAAUUAUUUUAAAGAUUUAUUAUUGAGUGAAAAAGGAAUAUACAUUUGCAUAAUUAUUUUAAACUUCUAUUUAAUUAUUAUUAAUUCAUAUUUUUUUGAUUUUUCUUUUUAUGAAAAUACCUUGUGUUUAAUAGAGGAAGAAAAUAAGCAAACAAACGAUAAAUUAAAUAUAAGAAACCAUAUUACUAAUUAUUUAAAAAAUAAAAAAAAUAAUAAGGAAGAAGAAGUUACUUAUUUUAUAUGUAUUAAAAAACUAAGUAAUGAAUUCAAUAAAAGCAAAUUUUUUCUUUAUUUAAUUAAUUACGUUAUUAAUAAUUUAGAUAAUAACAUAAAUAAAACCAAAAUAGAAAUAGAAAAUAAAAAUAAUUUGAUUAUUUUAAUUUUACAAUUAUUAAGUUAUACUAUUAUUUUUAUAGAUAAUAAAAACGAGAUUUUGAAAUUAGCAAAUGUAUUAAUUAAAUACCUAAAAAAAAACGACGACAUUUUAAUAAGCUAUUAUAUUACAGUUUUCUUUAAUUCUUGUUUUAUAAAUUCCUUUUUUGAUGAAAGAUUAAUAAAUUUAUUAUUUAAUUUUGAUAAAAAAGACAAUUUGUGGUUUAAUUUAAUAUUUUUAUCAAAUAAUAAAAUGAAAAAAAAUAAAGAAGUUUUAGUGUUAAUAAAAUUUUCUAUUUUACAUAUGUAUUUACUAUUAUUGAAAAAUAAAAAUUCUUUCAAAAAAUGUAUAUUAUAUAUAUCUAGUGAUAUAAAUAUUUAUUUUGUAUUAAUUUAUAUUCUUAAUGAAAUAUUUGAAAAUUUUAAAAAUUUGAAUAAUGAAGAAAAUAUGAGCAACAAAUUAAAUAUGAAAGAGUUAAAUGUGGAAAAAAGUGAUACAAAUAAAAGAAAUUAUAAAAAAUAUUUUUACACAUAUGUUGAAUUAUUAAUUAUAGUUACUGAAAUUAUUAAAAUUCUCAAUAAUAAUGACGUUAAUAAAUAUAUUACACUUCAACAUAAUAAGGAUAAAGAUAAUUUAUCUAUUCAAUUUAAAAAUCUAUAUAAAAAAAUAAAACAUGAAUUAAAGCAUUUGGGAGAAUUAAUAAAAUUAAUAAAUUACACUAUUUUUCUUCAUCCUUUAAUGAUUAAUAUUCAUAUAUUACAUAAAUUUUAUUUAUGUAUAUAUAUAAAAGAAUUUUAUUAUUUUCAUAAAACUUUUUUUAAUUACAAUCUAUUUUUAAUAGAUUACUUACAUUUAAUAAAAAAUAAAAGAAAGAGAAAAAUGUCUAUCUCUAAUUUAGCUGAAGGUAAAGAAGAUAGUAUAUUAGACGUAUCAGUAGAAAAAAACUGGGAAAAAAAUAAUCUUAACAAUGAAAAUAAGAAACAAAAUAAUAUAUUUAAUUAUGAUUCAAAAGAAAAAAUAUAUAAAAAAGAAAAUAUAGAAAAAAAUAAAAUACAAAACUGGGAAAAUUCAAUACAAGAACCAUAUAGUUUUUAUUUUUUUUUUAAUACACCUAAACAUUAUAAUUUUCAAAUAAAUAACUUAUGCUCCUCCACACUUCAAAAUGAAUUUCAUUAUUCUCUUACAAAAAUUUUUUCUUCAUUUUUUUGUGAUCAAAAUAAAAAUUAUGUAAAUAAUUUACAGUAUAACAACGAUCAAAUUAAAAUGUAUGUUGAUUAUGUAUAUGAUAAUAUUAAUUUUGCUUUAGAUUUUUUUAAUGAUUUUUAA